AUGGCGAAGAACACCCCCCGAAAUCCCCCAAGUGAGGACGCGGCGGUAGUGCUGGCAGUGGAAAAGGGAGAGGCAAAGGCAAGGAUAAGAGCCGGAGCCCAAGGCAAAAUCGGCGCCCGGUCGCAAAAUCGAUCGCGGCGACGAAAACGCGCCCCGCAACGGGCAGCCAUGGUGGGCGAUACGCCGGCAAGGGAGUACUUCUACAACGGCCAGAAGCACUUCUUGCUUCCCCGUGAUCCUGAGGCCAUCAUCGGCGACAAGGAGGUCAAGUUCUCUCGCUGCGACCUCAAAUUCUUGUUACUGCUCCUUCGGGGGCACGAGCUCGAAGAGCAUGGUCUUAAAUUUGACAAGGGGGUUGGACGGAUAUCGACAAGCUCCUGGACCGUUUCAACUAUUGCCGUCAGCGAUGCUGUGGAAUCAGACAGCUACUUCGUGCAACCAAGGCCGAUAGCAAAAGAAGAACCCGACGCGGACACGGAUCUGUUCCUCGACACGCGCUGCUACAGCAACCUCGAUGGCGAUGAGGCGCUCAUUGAGCCCGGGGAUAUGGGUAUCACGGUGCUUUCCCUAGAGGACACCCCCAAGAAGCUAGACCACAAGACAUCGCAGCAAGGACUUCGGAGCAUCUUGGCAAGCGGAAUCGUUCCUGGAGCUAAAAACUCCGGACGGGCCAACUGCUAUCUCUCCGCGCAUCGCCUCGACGACGCCGUUUACAAGAGCGGCGUACGAUCCAAUCAGCCCAUUGAAAUCGCCGUCGAUACCAUGAAGGCCAUCGCAGCCGGAUGUGAAUUCAUCGUUACCCAAUCCGACGGAACUAUAACGCGAAGCCACAUCCCCGCAGACUGCAUCAUCUCGGCUGUGGAUACCUCCAAGGAGGACUUGCCUCUCUAUGUAGCCGUGGCAUCAGAAGCCACCGUCGCUGGUGAGUUUGAUCGCACUUCCCGCGCAAAGCGCGACUACGAGGAGGCGGCAUGUUCCUCCAGCAAACCAACAGCGGUAAAGGCAAAGGCUAUGCCAAAGUCGGCGAAGUUCAAGGCUAAGCCGACGGCUGCACCCAUGGCUGAUGUUGUCAUGGACGACGUUGCGGCUGUGGUUGCCGGAGGCAUGCUCUUCUGCGUGCGCUGCAAGGCACCGCAGACGGACGACCUUCAAGCGCCACAAGGCUAUGCAUCUUAUGCGUCGGUGUCAGCUCGCUGGGUGGAGGACGACCAGUUCCAACGACGCAUGUUGCAAGAGGGCAAAUCCCAUGAGGACAUGCAGCGCUUCGGUUACAUCGCCUGUGCCUGCCUUCCCGAUCCUGGGCGAACUGAGGAGCAGCACCACCUACGUGCGGGAUCCCACUAUUCCUCCACAGACACAGAUGUCCCGCGUAACAAAGGCAUCCCAGAAGGGUCGCCGGCGGCAGCAGCCCCCAUGUACAGGGGAUACACUCAGGCCCACUGGGACGAGGGGAACAACCGCUCCCGUGGCAACCGAGGAACUCGAAUUUGUGGAAGAGUCACUGUUGGCAAUCGGCAUGGGCUUUUAGUCCCAAGCAUCACGACUGACCAGGAGUUGGCACACCUCAGAAAUCAUUUGCCAGAAGGUAUUCGAGUUCAGAAAGUUGAGGAGCGCCUGUCAGCGCUUGGCAACUGCAUUGCCUGCAACGACUAUGUAGCGCUGGUUCACACAGAUCUCGAUCGUGAGACUGAAGAAGUUAUUGCAGACACGCUGAAGGUUGAUGUGUUCCGAGCAACCGUUGCGCAGAAUGUUCUCGUCGGGAGCUACUGUGUGUUGACAAACCAGGGUGGUCUCGUACACGCGCGGACGCCCAUGCAAGACAUGGAGGAGCUCUCCCAACUCAUUCAGGUGCCGUUAACUGCUGGCACCGUGAACCGUGGCUCUGACAUCAUUGGUGCUGGUGUAGUUGCAAACGACUGGGCUGCCUUUUGCGGCAUGGACACGACCGCGACGGAGAUUGGGGUCUUAGAGAGCAUCUUCAAACUGCAAAGUGCAGGUGCAGGAAUGCAGAGCGCCCUUAUCGACACAAUCAUGUCGUGA